AUGGGCUCAUUAGCUAUCUUGGUUAUGCAUUCUGGAAAAUGGGACGAUACAAAUAGUUACGUUGAUUAUACUAUAGAGGGAGUAGUUUUUAAGGAACAGUCAACGUUUCUUGAUUUUUAUACUACUAUUGCCAAACAGAUUGGUGUUAAUAUAAAUAAUAAGACUUUGAAGAUUGAGUACAAGAUUUCUCAGUGUAAAGAGUUGGGGGUGUUGGCAACUGUUGGAGAAAAUAAUUGUCAUGAUAUGAUUGUUGUUGAACCGGAGGAUACAAAUGUUGCGUUUGUAUCGAUUGAUACAACUUGGGUGAUUUCAGACGAAUCUAAUAAGCAUGUUGAGGUUGAUCAAGUAUACAAGGACAAAUCAAUUUUGAAAGCAGUCAUGGAAAGAUAUGCGAUUAAAGAGAGAUUUAAGUAUAAAACUACUCGGUCAAACUCAAUAAGCAAUUUAACAGGAGGGAUUGUGAAACCUAAAUUUGUAGAUCAUAAACGUAAAUAUACACCAGCUGAUAUAAGAAAAGAUGUUAAGAUUGAUCUAGGAGUUGAUGUUAACUAUAUGUUGGUUUGGAGGGCCAGGGAGAAAGCAUUGAAAGCUUUGAGGGGUACACCAGCUGCAUCAUAUGCAAAGUUACCUGCGUAUUUGUAUAUGAUGGAUAUCACUUACCUGGGGUCUCAUAUACAUAUGAAAAAGAGUACGAAUAAUGAGUUCUUGUAUCUAUUUGUUGCAUUGAAUACAUUUAUCCAAGGAUUCAAUCAUUGUAGACCAGUAGUCGUGGUGGAUGGUAGUCAUCUGAGAGGUCCAUAUAAUGGGACAUUUGUUGCAGCAAGCACGACAGAUGGCGCAGGUAUUAUAUAUCAACUUAAAGAAGCAUACGGUGAGAGGAGUAACAUGUGUGUUGUGUCUGAUAGAAAUGAGAGCAUUAUAAAGGCUGUUACAAAUGUAUACAGUAAUGUCCCACACUAUGCUUGUAUGUGGCAUUUAUGGAAUAAUGUUCAGAAAAAAUUUAGAAAAUCUCAUCAGAAGUUACCUGGUGUAUUCUAUACAAUGGCAAAAACUUGCACAAAGAAUGAAUUUGAUAUGUUAAUAGAUACUGUAGAAAAAGAAGAUAUAAGAGUGAAAGAGUAUUUGGAUUUUGCUGGAUAUGAAAAAUGGGCUCUUUGUUAUGCACAAGUACAUAGAGGAUGGCACAUGACAUCAAAUAUUGCUGAGAGUAUAAAUGCAGCACUUGUUUCAGCGAGAGAACUGCCUAUUUUUGAAUUUCUCGAAGAGGUAAGGCUAUUAUUUGGAAGGUGGAAUCAUGACUACAAGAAGGAAGCAACCUGCACAUUCACAUCAUUGAUUGGAAAAUACCAUGACAUACUAUUAGACAAUGAAGCGUUGAGCACAAGAAUGACGGUUGUACCGUCAACGGAAUAUGUGCACAAUGUUAAUGAUGAUGGGAGAUAUUUUGUAGUCUGUCUAAAAGAAAAAACUUGCACAUGUGGAAGAUUUCAGUACGAAGAAAUACCUUGUGAACAUGCUUGGGCGGUAUUGAAAUGGAAGAGUCUACCACCAGAUGAAUAUUGCUCAGAUUUAUACAAACCAAUGACAAUGUUGAAGACAUAUAAUAUGCUUAUACAUCCUUUGCCGGAUGUAAAAGCGUGGUUGAUUCCGGAUAGCGUUAUUGCUGAUGACGUAUUACCUCCAAAAUUUAAACGACCUCCUGGCAGGCCAAAGGGUAAGCCUAGGAAAAAAACAGCAAGAGAGUUAUCGAGGAUUAAGGGGAAAAAUACAUGUAGCACAUGUGGAAUGCCAGGUCACAAUAGGCGUUCGUGUAGAAAUAAGCCAAAAGAUGUUUAA